AUGUCAUUCAGUCAUAAAGAGAAUACUCUGUAUAUUAAUGGACAAGUAUUGAAAGAGACCUUCAGUACUCAACUUAAGAAAUUUAACAAUAUCAUAAACUCUAAAGAAGAAUCAAUAGUUACAGGAAUCAAAGCUGAGAAGUUAGAAGCGCUUACAAAUCUUAGCGACAUUUAUGUUCCUUCUACAGAAGAGCAAAUUGAAAUGUAUUGAGACGAUGCCUUUGAUGCUUUAAAACAGCACCAAGUUCAAGGAUCAUCUGGAGGGAAGUCUACUCUCAGGCCUGAAGCUCAACUGAUCGAAAAUAUAAUGGGUAAGAUGAAAUCUAGAAUACUUAAUCAAGAAGAGCUAUCAAAACUUGCAUCCUAUAAUUCAUUCAAACUCCUUGCUGAGUUGGAAGAUAAAAGGUUGAAGUUUGACAAAAAUUACAUCUACAAUAAAUUUGAUGAUCCUAAUCCUGAUUAUGGAAGCUUCUCAAAGUGGAGAUCUCUAUUGCACAUUUCUAAAAAGAGUGCUAUUGAAGACGAGAUAAUUUACAAAAUAGUUAUUUACCAUCCAACCAAGCAUACAAGAAUGAUGGCUUUUAAUAUGGUAGGAACUCAAACACUGCAAGAUAUCCAAUCAAAAAUAUAUUGUCCCUGAGACUAUGUUUUUGAUGGGAAGCAAAGCUAUGAUCCUAUUCAGUCUUUCUUCUUCAUUGAAGGAUGAUUCCACUAUAACUAUAAGCCAACAAUGUCUCAUAUGGAAAGUGUUCUUCAAACAGAGAUUGAUCUUUUGAUUGCAACUCAUAAUGAUUUACUAAGCAAAUAAUUUGAUCCACACAAAUUCCUUAAUUCUCCCAGAUUCUUCCUUAAGUCAUCAGAUCUUAAUGCAGAAUAAAGAAGGAGAUGAAUCUGAUGGGAUAAGUUUGGAUAGUGAUGAUCUUGAACCAAGAACAGAAUCAAAAUCACUCAAUCAAAAUAAGAAUAGCCAAAGAAGCCGGAAAGAAGAGAAUAAAGUCCAUUUUCAAGAGGAGGAAAAAGAACCUACAAAGAAGGAAGAGAAGGAGAAAAUUCUUGAAGUAAAGCAGUUAGAUUUUACUCAAAAGAAUCCUAAGCAUUAUUCAACUCGCAAGCCUUCACAAAAUGAGAAUAUGCUUUCAUCUUUUCCUAAUUGCCCUCAUCGAUACAGCAAGAAAGAUAUGAGUGCUACAAAAUUAGAUGAUUUAGAAAUUAAAAUAGGGAUCCCCUACAUUUAUAAGCACAACGAUCACUGAAGUCACUACAUCUCAUUCACAGAAAUCCGGAAAUAUGAAAAAUUGUUCGAUGAUCCAGACAUCAACAAUUACCCAUUGCUAGUUUUCCAAGAAUCUAUAAAAAGAAAGAUUUGUGAAAUAUGAGAAGACAUCCGAGCAAAGUUGAUUGUGUGAGUACAUGAGAUCGAAAACUUCAAUCCCCCUCUAUUUUCAACCGAACAAAAGGCUGAUAAGCCUAUUUUCAUCUGAGAAAACUGUUACCAAGAUGUAUUCCUUGAUCAGGAGGGAAAUAGGAUCUACUCGAAUAUGACUGUAGCCCAAUAUUUUCAUGAAUAA